ACCAUGUUCUAUGUAAUCGGACUCGGAUUGGGUGAUCCCAAGGAUAUCACCGUGAAAGGAUUGGAGAUUGUGCGACGGUGCGCCCGGGUGUAUCUGGAAUCGUACACAUCGAUUUUGACCUGCGGUCAAGAGAAACUGGAAGAGUUCUACGGUCGUGAGCUGAUCCUUGCAGACCGUGAACUAGUAGAACAGGCAUCCGCAUCCGAUACCAUUCUUGCUGGCGCCUGUCACAAAGAAAUCGCUUUCCUUGUGGUCGGGGACCCAUUUGGUGCUACAACGCAUACGGAUUUGUUACUGCGAGCAAAGGAAAUGAACAUUCCAUCGCUCGUUGUGCACAACGCUUCCAUUAUGAAUGCCGUUGGAUGUUGCGGAUUACAGCUGUACACCUUUGGAGAAACGGUUUCCAUUCCGAAAUGGAAGGGUGAAUGGCGUCCUGAUAGUUUCUAUGACAAGAUCUUAGCCAACGUGAAUCAUGUGCUGCACACGCUUUGCCUGCUGGAUAUUCGGGUGAAGGAACCGACACUGGAGUCGCUGACAAAAAAGGUUCGGGUGUAUGAACCACCGCAUUUUAUGAGUUGCAACGAGGCUGCCGAACAGUUGCUCCAUUUGGUUCACAAAUGCCCGGUUCUAUCUGAACGGACGGUGGUGGUAGGACUAGCCCGCGUCGGCCACGAGACGCAACAGAUAAAGGUGUGUACACUGAAAGACUUGAAGAAAGCGAACCUGGGUGGACCGUUACACUCACUGAUUAUUCCGGCCCCGCAAAUGCACCCAAUGGAGAUCGAGUAUCUGCAGCAGUUCUGCGAGGAAGAUUUAAAGCAUCUGCUUAAGAGAGCCAACCGAGACGAUCCGACACACAUGUUCAAGCUACACGGUGUGGACAGCACCUCCACAAGCAACUCCACCAACUGAACUACCUUUUUUAUUCUUGUUUUUAUUCGUUUUGAAAUCGUUUGUUGAAUAAAAAACCAAAUACAAAGUUCAA